AAAACAGUUUUGGUCUGCUACAGUUCGAAGCACCCGGUUGUUGCUUGUUGGUGGGUGAUGAAAUCAUUUGUCACCUCGUCAACAAUGUCUUUUUCAACUAAUAAUUUAAUACGUUUUGGCUCCGGCACUUCUAAUUUAUUGAGAAUACUUGGUAAUAAUCAAAUAGGAGCUGGAAACGGUGUUACUAGUCGAUCCAUUCAAUUGUCGUCAGGAGAUCAAUCAUCUUUGGGUUCUCAAACUCGCAAAAGAUUUUACAAAAAAGUCAGCACUGUCCAAUCAAAUAAAGAUUUUGAAAUCAUUCUUGACAAUAGAAAACUUAAAACUCCUGCAGGUAGUGUAUUUCGUGUUUCCAGUGAACCAUUAGCUCUAGCUGUUGCUAAUGAAUGGGAUGCCCAGGAAGAAAAAAUUUUAGUAUCGUCAAUGCAUCUUACAUCUCUUGUUAACACUAUCCUGGAUAAUCCAAACAAAUUACGAAAACAAGAUAUUGUCAGUCACAUUCUUACCUACCUAGACAAUGAUACACUUUUGUGCAGGGAAGAGGGUAACUCUGAAUGGUCAUCUGAACAAACAAAAGAGUGGGAUCCAUUGGUUGACUGGUUUAAUCAAAGAUAUGGUACGAAUGUUGAGUCUUCAAGUGCCAUCACCGGUCCGUGUUUACCCAUAGAAGCAAGAGAUGUUCUUCAAAAGCAUUUGCACUCAUAUGAUUUUUGGACUCUUAACGGGCUAAUGUUUGCUGUAGAAUCAGUGAAAUCGCUGAUUUUAGCUCUUGCUUGUGUCGAUCGACAUCUUACUGUGGAAGAAAGCGUUCGGUUGGCCACUCUCGAAACCAAUUUUCAAACUCGACAGUGGGGCCGUGUAGAGUGGGCUCAUGAUGUCGAUAACUUCAAUGUGCAAUCUCGCUUUGCAGCUUCUAUCCUAUUUGUACAUCUUACAUCAAGUUCUUCAUCAAUUGAAAACAAAUUCAAGAAAUAAAUACAUGGAGUCUGGUAGUACUAUAGGUAUUAACUGGUAAUGUUCUCCUUUGUUUUUUAUCUGAAUUGUAUUUUUGGUGUAGUUUUGUUGCAUACAAUUUCUAAACAAGGCA